AUGAGGCUGGAUUUCUGCAAGGCCAAAGGUGAAGAAGAGAAGUCAACCCUAGUGACUUCCUUCAGUAUUCCCUCCCGAGAUUUGUGUAACAGGCUGGGCAAGACCUCAGAAGAUUCCAGGAGCUCUGACUCUGAAGAAGCAUUUGAGACCCCAGAGUCCACCACACCGGUAAAGGCACCACCUUCACCUCCGCAGCCACCACCCGAAGCGGCGGCAGCAGCAGCAGUUGUAGCAGACAUAGCAGAACAAGAAAUAAAACCUCAGCUGCCCUUGGAAGAUACAGGAUUAUGUUCAGAAACUGUACCCGUAACUGAUGUGUCACACAGUGAAUCAGUUGAAGAAAGCCCUUUCCGUCCCCCUUCCCAUUCUUUUUCCACUGUCUUCGAUGAGGACAAGCCAAUAGCCAGCAGUGGAACUUACAACUUGGACUUUGACAACAUUGAGUUGAUUGAUUCUCUCCAUGCCUUAGGACCGACCUCUCCAGAAUCGAAGAAUUGUGAUCCCAAAGCGAAUGUUCGAAGAAAAUCUACCGAUUCAGUCCCAGUUUCUAAAUCUACAUUGUCUCGAUCUCUUAGCUUGCAAGCAAGUGAUUUUGAUGGAGUAUCUUAUCUUGGCAAUAGUGAGACAUUAGCACCGGCAGCAGAUGUGUACAGUACUGGUUCAAGUAGUGCUUCUAGUACCCUUAAGAGAACAAAGAAAUCCAGACCAGCUUCUGUAAAAAAGAAGCAGUCAGCAAAAAAACCUCUGGAUGCUCCACCGGUGAAGGAAACACCACAAGAACCAUCUGAUCUUGACCAAGCAGCUGGUGCCACAGGUGAGGAUAAACCAGUAUCUGAAGCAAAGGCUGACUCAGUAAAGCCCGAAUGUACUGAACCUUCUAAACUCUCUGCUGAGAAACAGGAGGCCCCACCUGUGCCUGAAGGAUCCUACCCUUUGGAUCCAGACAGUUUUGAAGGCAUUAGUGCAUUUAGCACUGGAGGCAGCAAAGUACAAAACUCUCCCCCUGCCAAUAAGAAAACACUACCUCUUACAACGGCACCAGAGGCUGUGGAGGUGACUCCGUCUGACACUGGAGGACAAGAAGAUCCUCCAGUCAAAGGCCUUGCGGUGAGGUUGGAGUUCGAUUAUUCUGAAGAAAAAGGGGUGAGUGAAGACCAGCAAGAGAGUACUACUCCUCCCAAAAAAGCAGGUAAAAAGCCUGGUGCUAAAAUGCCACUACGGAGGCCAAAGGCUAAAAAGUCAGCGGAAAAGCUUGACAAUGCUCCAACCACACCGACCAAGUCGCCCGCUGAUCCAAACGAAAUCCCUAUCACAAAAGGCUCUUACACUUUUGAUAUUGACAAGUGGGAUGAUCCCAAUUUUAACCCGUUUUCAUCUAGUACAAAAAUGCAAGAAUCACCCAAACUGCCUCAACAGACGUACAGUUUUGAGCCAGACAUGUGUGAGGACUCUAUUGACCCUUUCAAGUCUUCUUCUAAGAUAGCCAGCUCACCCUCUAAAUCUCCAGCUUCCUUUGAGAUACCAGCCAGUGCCAACGAAACAAACGGAACUGAAGGAGACAACUUGAAUAAACCUGCAAAAAAGAAGAAGACACCACUAAAAACGAUGGUAGAAGAUGUGAUGUCUGUAUGUUCUCUGUUUGAUACAUUUAGGGUGAAAAAAUCACCAAAAAGAUCCCCACUAUCUGAUCCUCCCUCUCAGGAUCCCACUCCACUGCCUACUCCAGAAACACCUCCUGUCAUAUCCACGGUGGUUCAUGCGACAGAUGAGGAGAAACUGGCAUCUUCGGUGACCAGUCAGAAAUGGACCUGCAUGACUGUGGACCUGAACACGGAUAAACAGGAUUACCCCCAACCAUCUGAUCUGUCUACAUUUGUUAAUGAGACUAAAUUCAGCUCUCCUACAGAGGAACUGGAAUAUGGCAACUCAUAUGAAAUAGAAUAUAUGGAGAAAAUAGGCUCCUCUGUGCCUCAGGAUGAUAGCACCCUGAAGAAACAAUCUUUAUACCUAAUGUUUGAUGCACAGCAGGAGAGCCCAGUCAAAUCGCCUCCCAUCAGACUGUCUGAUUCCACAACACCAUGCUCAGGGUCAAGUUUUGAAGACCCUGAAUCCCAGCAAUCCUCUGGAAUGAAAAUACAACAUCCAGCUUCCCGAGUCCUAGCCGCCAGCCAAGAGGCACACUUACAGUCACCUGACAAGUCAAAGCAGAAAGACCUGGAGCCCAUGACCCUAGGAACAACUCCAGAGGCUAUUGAAAUAACAUCUCCUGAAGACUCCUUUGUCUCUGCUGAUGCUCUUCUCAAUAGGAUAUCUAAGAAAACCUCAAUAUGUGAUCAGCCUGAAUAUCUAGAUCCUGACUUAGCAGAAAAGAACCCCCCAGUAUUUGCUCAGAAACUUCAGAGAGAACCUGCUAUCCCAGCAGAUGUUUCCAUCUCUAAAAGUGCAUUGUACUCCCGGAUUGGCGCCUCGGAUGCUGAAACCACCACAGGUCUUCUCUAUGCCCAGCAAGACUUAGACUCUGCACUACGACUCGCCAGAGCAGAGAUUGUGGCCAAGGAAAGAGAAGUAUCUGAGUGGAAAGAAAAAUAUGAAGAAAGCAGAAGGGAAGUGAUGGAAAUGAGGAAAAUAGUUUCAGAAUAUGAGAAGACGAUUGCUCAGAUGAUAG